CGAAAACCCUAAGUUUUCCCGCCCUUUUAUCUCCCUACUUAUAAAUACGAGAAACCCACCCUUUCCCUCCAAAUCUAUUUCUCUUUCUCUUUAACAUUGUUCUCCCUCCGGCCUCUGCACUUUAAAAUCCCCAGAUUUUCAGAAGCCCUAGAGUUGCAUAAAUCCUAUAGUUUUUCGUUUUUCUCAAGCCCUAGGUUUUCAAAAACCCUAAAUUUUCGAAGAUGUUGGAGUUCAGGCUUGUUCAGGGAAGCCUUCUGAAGAAGGUCAUGGAAGCCAUUAAAGACCUUGUUACUGACGCGAACUUCGAGUGCUCGUCUACUGGUUUUUCUCUGCAAGCCAUGGACUCGAGUCAUGUGGCUCUGGUGGCCCUUUUGCUCAGAUCCGAGGGUUUUGAGCAUUACAGGUGCGACAGGAACUUAUCAAUGGGCAUGAACCUCAAUAACAUGUCAAAGAUGCUAAAAUGUGCAGGGAAUGAUGAUAUUAUCACCAUCAAGGCUGAUGAUGGAGGCGACAUUGUUACCUUUAUGUUCGAGAGCCCCAGCCAGGAUAAGAUAUCAGACUUUGAGAUGAAACUGAUGGAUAUCAGCAGUGAGCAGUUGGGUAUUCCAGAAUCUGAAUAUCAGUCGAUAGUUAGAAUGCCAGCUGCUGAGUUCCAACGUAUAUGCAAGGAUCUGAGCAGCAUAGGGGACACAGUUAUUAUAUCAGUGACCAAGGAAGGAGUGAAGUUCUCUACAAGGGGUGAUAUCGGAAGUGCAAAUAUUGUUUGCAGGCAAAACACCUCUGUGGACAAGCCUGAAGAGGCCACUGUCAUUGAGAUGAAGGAGCCAGUUUCCCUGACCUUUGCACUUCGAUACAUGAAUUCCUUCACAAAGGCAACUCCACUCUCAAACUCUGUAAGUCUCAGCAUGUCUUCAGAUUUACCACUGGUGGUGGAGUACAAAAUUGCAGACAUGGGAUAUUUGAGGUUCUACUUGGCACCCAAGAUAGAAGAUGAGGAGGAGCAGUCUUGAGCUUUUCUUUUCUUUUGUUUCCUGUGCCACUUUUAGUUGUAGAUUGGGAUUCAACCUAUAUGACCAAGGGUUAGUUUGUAGGUGCAUGCAAAAGUUUAAAUUUGAUAUUACUCAGAGUUUGAGGAAUUUCAUGUGAGAUUGCCAUCAAGGGUAUUCCCUUGUCUCUGUAGCAGUGUUAUGCAGUUCACUUCCAUUGUA